UUGCCCAUGCGGCCCUAGGGCUGGGAGCGCGGCGCCGCUCCGCUGCUGGGAAGGCCAUGGCGGAACCUUCCCAGGCCCCGACCCCGGCCACGGCCGCGCAGCCCCGGCCCCUUCAUUCCCCAGCCCCUGCCCCAACUCCGACUCCUGCGCCCAGCCCCGCUUCAGUCCCGACUCCGGCUCCCACUCCGGCACCAGCCCCCGCUCCAGCUGCAGCCCCAGCUGGGAGCACAGGGACUGGGGGGCCCGGGAUGGGAAGUGGAGGAACUGGGAGCGGGGGGGAUCCGGCUCGACCUGGCCUGAGCCAGCAGCAGCGCGCCAGCCAGAGGAAGGCGCAAGUCCGGGGUCUGCCGCGUGCCAAGAAGCUUGAGAAGCUAGGGGUCUUCUCGGCUUGCAAGGCCAAUGAAACCUGUAAGUGUAAUGGCUGGAAAAACCCCAAGCCCCCCACCGCACCCCGCAUGGACCUGCAGCAGCCAGCUGCCAACCUGAGCGAGCUGUGCCGCAGCUGUGAGCACCCCUUAGCUGACCAUGUAUCCCACCUGGAGAAUGUGUCAGAGGAUGAGAUUAAUCGACUGCUGGGGAUGGUGGUGGAUGUGGAGAAUCUGUUCAUGUCUGUUCACAAGGAGGAAGACACAGACACCAAGCAGGUUUAUUUCUACCUCUUCAAGCUCCUGCGGAAAUGCAUUCUACAGAUGACCCGGCCUGUUGUGGAGGGGUCCUUGGGCAGCCCUCCUUUUGAGAAGCCUAACAUUGAACAGGGUGUGCUGAACUUUGUGCAGUACAAGUUUAGUCACCUGGCUCCCCGAGAGCGGCAGACAAUGUUCGAGCUCUCAAAGAUGUUCCUGCUCUGCCUUAACUACUGGAAGCUUGAGACACCUGCCCAAUUUCGGCAGAGGUCCCAGUCAGAGGAUGUGGCUACCUACAAGGUCAAUUACACCAGAUGGCUGUGUUACUGCCAUGUACCCCAGAGCUGCGAUAGCCUCCCCCGCUAUGAGACCACCCACGUCUUUGGACGAAGCCUUCUACGGUCCAUUUUCACUGUUACUCGCCGGCAGCUGCUGGAAAAGUUCCGAGUAGAAAAGGACAAGCUGGUGCCUGAGAAGAGGACCCUCAUCCUUACUCACUUUCCCAAAUUCCUGUCCAUGCUUGAGGAGGAGAUCUACGGGGCAAACUCUCCUAUCUGGGAGUCAGGCUUCACCAUGCCACCUUCAGAAGGGACACAGUUGGUUCCCCGGCCAGCUACAGUCAGUGCAGCAGUUGUUCCCAGCACCCCCAUCUUCAGCCCCACCAUGGGCGGGGGCAGCAACAGCUCCCUGAGUCUGGAUUCUGCAGGGGCCGAGCCCAUGCCAGCAGGCGAGAAGAGGAAGCUUCCAGAGAACCUGACACUUGAGGAUGCCAAACGACUCCGUGUGAUGGGCGAUAUCCCCAUGGAGCUGGUCAACGAAGUCAUGCUGACCAUCACUGACCCUGCUGCCAUGCUGGGGCCUGAGACAAGCCUGCUGUCAGCCAAUGCGGCUCGGGAUGAGACAGCCCGCCUGGAGGAGCGCCGCGGCAUCAUCGAGUUCCAUGUCAUCGGCAACUCGCUGACACCAAAGGCCAAUCGGCGGGUGUUGCUUUGGCUUGUGGGGCUGCAGAAUGUCUUCUCCCACCAGCUGCCACGCAUGCCCAAGGAGUAUAUCGCCCGCCUCGUCUUUGACCCGAAGCACAAGACUCUGGCCUUGAUCAAAGAUGGGCGGGUCAUCGGUGGAAUCUGCUUCCGAAUGUUUCCCACCCAGGGCUUCACAGAGAUUGUCUUCUGUGCUGUCACCUCAAAUGAACAGGUCAAGGGCUAUGGCACUCACCUGAUGAACCACCUGAAGGAGUAUCACAUCAAGCACAGCAUCCUCUACUUCCUCACCUACGCUGAUGAGUACGCCAUUGGCUACUUCAAAAAGCAGGGCUUCUCCAAGGACAUCAAGGUGCCCAAGAGCCGCUACCUAGGCUACAUCAAGGACUAUGAGGGAGCAACACUGAUGGAGUGUGAGCUGAACCCCCGGAUCCCCUACACGGAGCUGUCCCACAUCAUCAAGAAGCAGAAAGAGAUCAUCAAGAAGUUGAUCGAGCGCAAACAGGCCCAGAUCCGCAAGGUCUACCCUGGGCUCAGCUGCUUUAAGGAGGGUGUGAGGCAGAUCCCUGUGGAGAGCGUCCCCGGCAUUCGAGAAACAGGCUGGAAGCCAUUGGGGAAGGAGAAGGGCAAGGAACUGAAGGACCCUGACCAGCUGUACACAACCCUCAAAAACCUGCUGGCCCAAAUCAAGUCACACCCCAGUGCCUGGCCCUUCAUGGAGCCUGUGAAGAAGUCAGAGGCCCCUGACUACUACGAGGUCAUUCGCUUCCCCAUUGACCUGAAGACCAUGACAGAGCGGCUGCGCAGCCGCUACUACGUGACCCGAAAGCUCUUUGUGGCCGACCUGCAGCGGGUGAUCGCCAACUGCCGCGAGUACAACCCCCCCGACAGUGAGUACUGUCGCUGUGCCAGUGCGCUGGAGAAGUUCUUCUACUUCAAGCUUAAGGAAGGAGGACUCAUCGACAAGUAGGCCCUGCGUUUGGACUACAGCUGUGGCCUGCUCUGUCUCCAUCGGAUUCUCAUCUGAUCCCUUGGGCUGCCCUGGCCCAGCUCCCUGACUCAGCUGAAGACACUCCAGCCAGGGACCCUCCAGUGCCUGAUCCUGCAGGCCUUUCUGCCCUCAGGCACCACCCCAAGCCUGCAGCUCUGUCCCAGCCCUGAUUGUGUCUGACCCUGGGAGAUGGCUCCUGGGGGCCCCACCCCCAGAGAGGGGCUGGUGGCCAGAAGAUGAACUCUGCCCAGCUAAUGGCCCCCAGACCUGCUCCCCGCAGAGCUGUGGAGGCAUGGAGGCCUGGGCCUGGCCCAGUUGGCUGUUUCCUCAAGGACCAGGACUGCUAAUUGUAGCUUCAGAGUGGGCUUCAGAGGUUGGAAGUUCAGCCCCCUCUGGAGGGGCUGUAGCUCACCCUGUCUGUCCCCUGGAAGUGGGGCAUGGGGACCAUUCAUUCCCUGGCGUUAAAUCCUUGGAGGGAACAAUAAAGCUUUUUUUUUUUUAAAACAC